AGAGGCGCGCACACUCACGUCUCUACUGAGCUGCGACCGCACAUUGCGUUCUUAGACUGGACCUUUACACAACUACUGGUUCCCAAGAGGAGCUCAUCCUGUAUAUUAUCUAUUUAUUUAGCCUUAUUUCAUCAAACUCCAAUAACUGGAACUGUGGUAAACUGCUGGCGAGUAAACGUCUUAAUGGAGAAUAUGGAUCCGCUUUACACAACAACGGAUGACCCAAACGACACGAUGACAAAUUACUCUUCCAACUUCACGGACUUUAAUUCUAAUCAGUUUGUUCAGCCUGUCUGGCAGAUAGUCGUCUGGGCAAUUGCUUACUGCAGUAUAGUCAUCGUGUCCGUGGUUGGAAAUAUUGUGGUGAUUUGGAUAAUUCUUGCGCACAAACGGAUGAGGACAGUCACCAAUUAUUUUUUGGUGAACCUGGCUUUCGCCGAAGCGUCAAUGGCAGCCUUCAACACCGUGAUAAACUUUGUAUUCUCGGUGCACAAUGAUUGGUACUUCGGAAGUGGGUAUUGCCGAUUCCACAACUUCUUUCCAAUUGCCGCAGUCUUCGCAAGCAUUUAUUCAAUGACUGCGAUAGCUCUGGAUAGGUACAUGGCCAUCAUCCAUCCCCUCCAGCAGCGCCUGUCCUCAGUCGAGACCAAGGUGGUGAUAGGGCUGAUAUGGGUCUUGGCCCUGCUCCUCGCCUUCCCGCAGUAUUUCUACUCCAUCACCGUGGAACUGCCCGGCCGCGUCGUGUGCUACAUAGACUGGCCGGAGUACGAGAUAUGGAAUUUCAGACUGACUUAUCAGAUCUGUUUGAUGGUGCUCAACUACAUCCUUCCUCUGUUCAUCAUGGCUGUUGCCUACCUGGUGGUGGGCCUGCACCUCUGGGCCAGUGAGAUCCCCGGCGACUGCACCGACCGCUACCGCGAGCAGCUCACCGCCAAACGCAAGGUGGUGAAGAUGAUGAUCAUGGUGGUGUGCACCUUCGCUCUGUGUUGGCUGCCGUACCACGCUUACUUCCUGCUGCACGAGUUCCACCCGGAGGUGUUUGAGGAGCGCUACAUCCAGCAGGUGUACCUGACCAUCAUGUGGCUGGCCAUGAGCUCCACCAUGUACAACCCCAUCAUCUACUGCCUGCUCAACGACAGGUUCCGCGCAGGGUUCCAGCAGGCGUUCCGCUGUUGCCCGUGUGUUCCAGAGGGCUCCUACAAGAGUCUGGAACUCAAAGCCACCCGUUACCUUCAGACCCAGGUCAGCAUGUAUCGCGUCAGUCGCGUGGACACCACCGUCUCUACGGUGAUGCCCUUUGGAAACCCAGACCACUCCGAACCGUCUCAGGAGGACCCGGUCUCCCUGAACCACGCCACCGUAAGCUUCGCCGGUCUGCCCAACGGAUCCCCACACACCACUGAAGACUUCACCAGUCUGCCCAACGGAUCCCCACACACAGCUGAAAACUUCACCAGGCUGCCCAACGGAUCCUCCAACACCGUGGGCAAGAGCAGCCUGACGCCCUCACCCACCACCACCUGGACCAGCGAGGACUGAGGGCUGCCCAGGGGAGAGAGAGAGGCCCGGGGUGAGGGGCGAGGGGUGAGGGGCGAUGGGUGAGGGGCGAGUGGGCCUUACCCCCCCCCAACACAAGCACACAAACACACAGAGGAGCCCUGCUGCAGACCCAGUUCUGCUGUGACAUUGCAACAGGUGCCAACAUCAUCUCACUCAGUAGGUCAGUCAGGCCUCGAGCUCUCGGUCUGAGAGAGACUCCGUUCACCUUUCACCUGGACUCUGGGGUUAUGCAUGUAGCAGGACUCUGAACUUUAGACUCUGGGUAUGCAUGUAGCAGGACUUUGGAAAGGGGUUGACGAGCCUCUGCCUCGCCUGUUGUCGGGGGCUGUUUGUUUUUUUUGCAAGGACGUGCUAAAGAGAUGGAAUCUGCGAGUACUGUAUGUGAGCCAGUUCCUAAAUGAACUGGUGUUUGUGGUCAUGAGAUGACAUUGACAUUUGGCCGAGUUGUAAAUAGUCAAGUGCAUGGCAAAAGACCGCUUAAAAGCAUUUCAUCACGUAUCGUUCUCCAGAGACAUGAAGUAUGCCAGUGCAAAGCAAUGCAGGCCUUCUCAAACCACCUUGAUGAGAGUGAAUGAUCAGAUCUACUCCACACACACUAGACCACAGAGUGGCCCGGCAUAACCCUUAAUCGUGGCCCUGGGCCCGGGAACAUGUAUGCCACUGUCCAGACCCUGUUUUGGGAAACGGACAUGGUUUGUUUGCUUGGCACAGCCACCCUUCCCGGCAACCCCCUAGCAACAGAGCUCAUCUGUCCAUCACAGCCGUCGACAGGAGUGACGGAACUCUUGAGGCGCCGGGAUUCGCACCUGUUGUUUGAGAUUAACUCCGCGCCCCCGGGGGCGACGGCGAGUGGACGAGCGUUUGACCCGCAGGGCAGAAGCGGGCGUUCCGAGGUUUACUCGACCGGGAGCGGGAGACUGAAGGGGAGAGGGAUGGACUGACGGGAUGGGAUGGCACGCCACAGCCAGUCUGUGUUGUCCCACGGAACACAAACAGACACUCUAUCCCGCCGCGAGCGAGCACGGGGCCAAGGUCUCCACCAAAAUAACCUCGUCCUGAUCCGGCUUACAUAAGACUGCAUUCUGUGAGCCUCAGCCUGGCACAAGCUAGAGAUGUGAAUGUAUUUUGUGUGUGUGUGUGUGUGUUCGUUUUAUGACUGUGCAAAUACUGUUCCAUGUUUGCUUCAGCGUGUGCAUGUGUAUGUAUGUGUGUCUGUAUGUAAGUGGGCAAGUGUCCUUGUGUGUUUUGUGUUUGCUGCAAUGUGUGUACAGUAUGUGACAAAUAUUAAUUUCAUCUGUGUCAGCUCGUGUGUGUGUGAGCUCAUGUCUGUGUGUGAGCGCAUGUCUGUGUGUGUGUGUGUGUGUGUGUGUGUGUCUGUGUGUGAGCGGAUGUCUGUGUGUGUGUGUGUGUGUGUGCGCAUACAGAGUGUGCGUGCUGGACUUAGUAAUCAUCUUUGUAAGUGCCCACACCAGCCUUCAUCUCAGUGAGUGUGUUACAGGCAUUGCACCCCCUCCCCACCCUCACCCCACCCUUCCACACACACACACACACACACACACACACACACACACUCUUAGCCCAGUUCCCGGCAGGCAGGAGGUGAUGCAAUGAAACACGGCGGUGGCCUCUGGCUGCGUUGGAAAGAGCUUCUGGCAUCCGGACGCCUCGGAUACCAGCGACCCCCACAUCCAGCCAGCACCACGCCGCGCAGGGACGCAACGCAACGCAACGCGCCCCGACAGACAGACAGACAUACAGACAGACAGACAGACAGACAGACAUGCAGACAGACAGGCAGGCAGACCGACAGCUUCAUCACCGAGAGUGCACUUCCUUCAGCAGACCAUGUCGCUGCAGUGCAUCCACACAGCCAUUAAAUACACAGGAAAGGCUCAGGGGGCCGUGUGUGUGUGUGUGUGUGUUGUACACGUAAUCGUUUAUGUGUGUGAGCAAUGUAGUAUUAAUAAUACACUGCACUAAUAAGAGAUCUGACUUUAAGUAAGUGUGGAAAAAACUGCGGUGGGAGUCUUGUUUCAUUUCCAGUUUGUUGUACUGUGAAUGUUUGAAUUGAUAAUUCCACAUGGUCUAGGUUGCCUCUAUUAUUGUAUGUUUAGCAGACUACACUAGUUAUAAACAGAGAUGGGACUGUUUUUGUUAAUAGCAAUGUACUUCUUGCAUUGCAUUGCAUUUGUUGUGAUGUUUUUUUUAAGUGUACUUGAGAGAAUUUACAUGCCUGGGUACUUAUGUGUAUGUUUGGGUUUGACUUGAGAUAUGAGGAGAGAAUUAAGGUUCACUAUUGCUGUCUGUGCGUGUGUGUGUCUGUGUGUCUGUCUGCGUGUGUGUAUUUUCAUGCGUGUUUCAGACAGUGAGACAAUGAGACAAAGAGAGACUGUAGUCUUUUUUUGUACCCUAGUAUUUCUGUGUGUGUGUGUGUGUGUGUGUGUGUGUGUGUGUGUGUGUGUGUGUGUGUGUGUGUGUGUGUGUGUGUGUGUGUGUGUGUGUGUGUGUGUGUGUGUGUGUGUGUGUGUGUGUGUGUGUGUGUGUGUGUGUGUGUGUGUGAGUGAGUAUUUAUAGUCCAACUCAACAACAGCUGCUGGGGGCCCACAGAAUGGGUUCUACGGCUCUGUGCAGACAGAUGCUGGAGCAGCUUUGAUGUUGACGGCACAACACGGACAGGGGGUCGGCACCCCAGCAGUAUCACCGUCAUACCAGCUGGUACCUGGACACCACCACCUCCAUCAUGACCCCCACCCUGCCUCCACAAGAGCACAUUUGGGGCGGAGAAAGGAAAGAGCCACGGGAGCAGCUACAGGAGAGACCAUCAUCCAUCAUUUUAUUCAUAUAGACCACGUUGGGUCUCUCAGUGUGGUCUGAGGCAGGAUGGAGAAAGAGUUGUGAAAAAAGGGGUUGUGUGUGUAUCUGUGAGUGUGUGUCGGUGUGAGUGUCUGUGUGUGUCUGUGUGUAUGUGUGCCUGUGUGUAUGAGUCUGUGUGUACUUGCGUGUGUGUGUGUGUGUAUAUCUCUCUCCCUUUCCCUCUCUCUUUCUCUAUGUGUAUGUGUGUGUGUGAGUGUGUGUGUUCCCUGUGUAUGAGUCUGUGUGUAUUUGCGUGUGUGUGUGUAUAUAUCUCUCUUUCCCUUUCCCUCUCUCUUUCUCUCUGUCUGUCUGUCUCUGUGUAUGUGUGUGUGUGUGUAUGUGUGUGUGUGUGAGUGUGUGUGUUCCCUGUGCGCAGCACCAUCAGAGACGUGCACAUGCCUAAAGAUGUAUAUCCCCUCACAGCAGCUCCGAGCAUGAAAGGCUUCAAGCUUCCUUUUUUACCUCAUCAAAGAACACCAUCACGGCGGGUAAACCUCUGUUGGAAAUCAGCGCAGCGGUAAACUUCUGUUGAAAUAUGUAUUUAUACACUUUGUGUACACUUGUUGUUAUAGUGUUAAAACUGAAAGGGGAUCAAAAAGACAAGACACCUCUGAAUGUUAUUCUCAAUGAAUGAAUCAUUUUCAGGCGAUGUUGAAAUUGGCGAGACUGCAAACUGAAUGGGGAUCAAAAGACAAGACACUCAAUGAAUGUUGUUCUCAAUGAAUGAAUCAUUUUCAGGCAAUGAUGGAAUCGGAAGGACUACAUUAUCAGAUAAUGAAUCAGUUGAAAUUAAUGAUAAUGAUCUUUUUCCUGAAGUAAUCUGGGGGUCAUUCUCCUCCAAAGUCACAUGUCUGACAGUUUUGUGGACAAGGUCAACGUGGUCGUUACAUGAGAUGAGGUUAAUAGAACAUAUUCAUUUGGGUGAAUUCAGACUGAACAAAAUAUUAUGUAUUGAGUUAGUGACAUUCUUAAUCUUAUUUUGUGUGAACAAAAUAAAUAUGUGUA